AUGAUCUUGUCCAUCCUCUUGCUCGUAUUCUUCACAGUACUAAUAGGAGCUGUCAAUGCCUCCAAGUUGUAUCAGAGGCCCGAAACGGACAAUGUCACAACAUGGCUGGAUGCAAGGCACUUUUGCGAGGCAAGGCAAAGUAAGCUCGUUGGGAGGCAGGAACUUUGCGACUACUUUACUACCAAACCUUUGACCGAAAGUGGGGACCACUGGGCCCCUACCAUUGCCACAAACGAGACGGAUAGUGCUACUAGUAGUAGCUAUGAGCAGCAGUGGGUUCAAAUUGGUUCUGGCACACCAGAGUUUUGCCAAAUCUAUGAUCCACAACGGGAAUGCCACGAAGAAACGGAGGCGCCCACCCACAGCCCCACAGUCGCUCCCACCAUUGGACCCAAGGAAAUUUACACUUGUGGGGAGCAACCAGGUUCUACCACUACUGUCCUGCACAACGGCACCAACCCUGUCGCACUUUCCACAGAUAUUCAGCAACAUUCCGUAUGUGUCCUCCUUCGCACGUCCGAUGGAGCCGCCUUGGGGCGGCUCUAUGAUGCGGGUGCGGGAAAGAAGACAUGGCAGCGAUCGGCCAUGUCCAAUCAAGAUACUACAGUCCCCAAGCCAGCCUUCACCUGUGACGGUGACGACGAAUGUCAAGUUGUCAUUCCAAAUGACGGAAACGACUAUCAGCUCGUCACAUACAAAGCACCAUCCGUUCUCAACCCGAAACAAGAGGCUUCACGAUUCUUGGCGCAGACAACGUUUGGGCCCAAACUGGAAGAAAUCGAGGCUUUGGCGGCACCCUCGAGUCAAGCCUCUCGAUUCCUCUAUGCCACCACCGCCAAGUACAAGGAAUGGAUACAGAACCAAAUGGACGAAACGAAAACUCCACCCACGCUGCAUCGCGAGUAUUUUCGUCGUCGGGCCAACCAGAGAAUGUACACCGCAAAUGAAGUCACAACGCCCCGACAUGCAUGUGAGACACUGUCGCGAUGGCAUCGAUUUGCCUUUACCCAAGAAGAUCCAGGGACGGUCUUCACCAUUCAUGGUCAUCUUAUCGUGUCCAACAACAAGCAAAGCCAAAAGGUCACCGAAGUGGACGCACUGUGGUUGGAAGAACUGGAUCCUGCUAUGUAUACAAAGAAAGAAUUUGUGAUUUGCACCGUCGUCGAAGAAGUCCAUGGAGCCAUGGAGAUUGACCAAGUCAACGGGGACUGUCAAAAUGCACAUAUCGUCACCAAUCCUCCCAUUCAAUUCGAGCCAUCGUCCAUCCAGCAGCAAGAAGUCCUAGUCGACAAGGUGAAACUGCUUCCCCUGGAACCCCCCAUUCAAGAUGUGCGGUUGUCACAGAUCCUGGCGACUGCCACUUGUUCCGAGCCCGAUGUUGACAACGAUAGCCCACUUUUCCUGCAAGACCCGGAUACCGGAGAUUACUACCGACAUGAUGGCAGGAUGAAGCUUUUGGAGAACACGCUGGAAUCAGUGGCGGCCGCUGAUGCCAUGAGGGGUGCCUUGGGUGACCCUAACUUGUGCCCCAAUGUGGACGCCACGUUCGUCAAUCGAGAUUCUUGCUACGUCACGGCGGAGCCAGUGUGUGGAUCUACCACCCCACUGUCGCUCGUCUGCGGUUCUCCUGGCGAGGUUGCCAAUGAACCAUCCAUUGGAUCUCGUUUUCCCUUUGGUUGGCCCAAAAACCUUUCGGAACAGGGCAAGACAACAGAAGAAGGACUCUCAAUGGCCCACCAAGCAUCCAAGUCAACUUGGGCUAUGGUCUCCCUUCAUGGCAAAGACCAGCUCCGGCAGCGAAUCGCCUUUGCGUUGUAUGGCAUUCUUGUCGUCGGCGGACCAGCAUACGCGUUUCACGAAUCUCGGAAUGUUUAUUAUGAUAUCUUUGUGCGCCAUGCUUUUGGGAACUAUCGCGACGUCCUCAAGGAGGUCAGUUUCCAUUCAUUGAUGGGAGAUUACUUGACCUUUCGAGGAUCUAGGUCUCUUCCUUCCAGCGGUACCCUCCCUGACGAGAACUAUGCCCGUGAGCUCCUGCAGUUGUUCACGAUCGGCCUGAACCACUUGGAGAUGAAUGGAGACGUUGUUUUCGACCCUACCAGUGGCGACCCGGUCCCCACUUAUGAUAUUAAAGACAUUAUGUCCAUUGCAAGAGUCUGGACGGGUUUCCAGGAACGAGCCUAUCGUGGUAACAUCGAAGUAUUCGACACGGGGCACAGAUACCGAAAUAGGAUGGAUCCAAUGCUGAUCGAGCUUCGUUGGCACGACAUCAAACCCAAAUCUGACCUAUUGGGUGGUUACAUUGGCGACCGAUAUCCUCUGUGCACUGACCUCCCAGAACGAGAUUUUCUACGAAAAGGUUCUACGUUUGACUUCGUUUCUUCCUCAGAUGAUGCAGAUUUGGUCUUGGAUUCUGGCGGCCUUUUCAAUGAGCUGUGUAACCCUGCCCAGAACGGUGGUCCCUGCCGAUUUGCUCCAAGAGUGGUGCUUGAUAACAACCUGAGUUGUCAUGGACCCGAAUGCAACCUUGCAUCGGUGACUGUUGUCAGAGUGGGAGAUGCAGUCUACAAGCAUGUCCCAAGGAGGUGUGUUUCCCUCCAGUUCUUCAACGGUGGUCGAAAGGCUGUUCGUAUGUACAAAGAUUACUGGUGGUGGAGAGAGGCAUGUCUUGAUCCACGAGAACCUACCACUGCAGGAGAAGUUUGCUGUGACAAGUCAGAACGGACCACCAAAUAUGUUUGCCCAACUAACAACCACGAGCAUUUAGCAUUUGCUUCCAACGAGGGGCGAUGUCGUGACAAAGGCAUGGAAACAUGCGACACGUUCAAUAAAAGACAUGCUUGUGACUCAGGCUGCUGUCCCGAAGCGAUUCGAUAUGCUUGGUCAGGUGCAGAGUGCUCGCUUAAAGUGAAAGUGGAUCACGAAGGACACGUUGCUACUCUACAUGAAGUUGACUAUCCCCUUGACAGCAUGGCAGAGAAUAAACCAACUACCUGGUAUGAUGUUGAUUGGGAAGACGAAAAUGACAUUCCCAACGUCAAGUCCAAUGGCUGCGGAAGUUGUCAAGCAACUGGAAAUAUCUGUGUUUGUGAUCUCUACGUAGUUGAAGAAGCAGCAUUCAAGACGAUGCCAAGUAGGCACGAUGUCCUAUCUCGGCUAAAAAUCGGCAGCCUGUCCCCGGAUGUGUUCGAUGCUGAAACACACUCUAAGGAUCAAUCUUCCGCCGACGGAUUGAUUGUGCACCGACAACGUGAUAGUGUCGAGUUGUUCAAUGUUGACACAAUAUUCCAGGUGGAAAACGAGGUCGGUGAUGUGAUCUACCUCAAGAAUAUCAUUUCUACUGAUGAUCCCCAAAAUCCCUCAGAGGAGCACAGGGCUCAUUUUGAAGUCGACGCUCUGCUUGAUCAUCUCAUGGUCCAUCCUAACAUCGCCCCGUUUGUAGCCUACCGGAUGAUCCAGCGAUUGGUUACGUCGAACCCUUCGCCGAGGUACAUUGAAGCUGUGGCAACGGCUUUUCGAAGUGGAACCUACGAUGGAAUAGGAUCUGGCAAGAAUGGCGACUUGGCGGCGACGGUAGCUGCAGUGCUUCUUCACCAAGACGCAAGGACAGUAGCUCUUGAUGCUGAUCCGAGUCAAGGACAGCUCCGGGAACCAUUGCUCAAGCUCAUGUAUGCCCUGCGCUCUCUGCAAGUUACACCGAAUGAACCCGAACAGCAGCUUUUGCUUCGCAAUCAGCUGAAUUCAAGGAUUGGGCAGAUGGCACACGAAGCUGAAUCUAUUUUCUCUUGGUUUCGUCCAGGAUACUCCUCCUUGGGCACCCGAGCAAACAAUAUGGGGCUUGUCACACCCGAGGCAGAAAUUCUGACCACACCGCAGAUUGUCGCCUUUGCCAAUUCCAUGUCUUCCCUAGCAAGGCAUGGCGUUUCGGCUCGCGAUUAUGGCCCUGGUGACUAUUGGUAUGGUCGAGAUUUUCUGGCUUUUGAAUCCUCUUCGCCACCAAACGCCCGGUCAUUUUCAUUGCCAGAGGGUUUGGACCUUACCAUUGCUGAAGGUCACAUGAAAGGAGACGCCUACGCGCUUAAAGAAGGAGUGGAGCUCAUUCUGGAACGUGGAGAGGGAGACAAAUGCACUCAACAAUACCGGGAUGGGGAGCCGUGGACCAUUUGGUGCAAGCUCGAACAAACUCUCGUUGACAAGACAGGAUCAUACGGUGUUGCACUUAAGCUGAGUGGAAGUGGUGGAAGCGUCGCAGCAAAGAACGUGGUUCGUUGGGGCUGGAAUGGGAACAUUCUAAUCUUCCACCCCAGCGGCAGCCUGGCGGAAGUCAAUGCUGCCUUUCGGCCUGGAGACACGCUUUCAGUUGUUUAUCCCACCACCGAAGAAAAAUGCAUACAACAGUACGACAAGGAUAGCAAGCCUUCCAGAGUGCGGUGCACCCUAGCACCAACAAAAGAUCUUGGACAUGAACCACAAGGCAAAAUGACUUUCGACCUGACUGGACGAGGCGGAACCUUUUCUGCUAGAAUCAUCCACUGGGCUUGGAAUGGCAUCCAUCUAUACUUUGAUCAAGAUGUGUCCAUUGACGAGGUCAAUGCUGCACUGCCUCCUGGCAGCCCAAUUUCUCUCUCUGUCAAACUUGGGGACCCAAUCGACGACCUUGAGCUUCUUCUCACUAAUGGCCGGCUUUCUGAUGACACACGUGCAGCUAUCGCCGCGGCACAGAACGCAGUGCUGGGUCUUGGCAAAGACGCUGCGUUGCAGUACGCCAUCCAGCUAUUCUUCAUGACAAGCGAGUUUCAAGUCAGUAAUGUUCCAAACGGUCUCCAGCGGGCAUUGCCGACAUCUUCAAAGGAGCUCCAGACAAAUGGACCGCUGAAGACACCAAAGACCAUCGUUUAUGUUCAGCUUUCUGGUGGAGCCGAUUCCUUCAACAUGCUCGUGCCACAUUCCCAGUGCAGUGGAAGCGACCUCUACGCUGAGUACAGUGCGAUCCGGAAUGACUUGGCAAUCCCAAAAGACCGCCUUCAUGCAAUAGAUGUACCAGCCGGUUCGCAACCCUGCAACAAGUUUGGAAUGCACCCUAGCCUCGACUUUUUGAGCACCUUGUACAAAGAGAAAGACCUCCUGUGGGUAGCAAACACCGGAAGUCUAGUAGAACCACUGGGCCGGGAUGAAGUAAAGAGCAAGAAAACCCCAAAUAAUAACUUUGCACACAACAUCAUGACAUUGUGGGCUGAGAAAGUCCACACAAACAACAACAGAGCUUUGGGGGUGCUCGGUCGGCUUGCUGAUGCGGUCAGAGGCAGAUUCAAGGCGCACGCCUUCUCUGUUCGACGCACAUCGGCAAUUCAAGAGAACGACCCAGCGAAAUCUCCAUUACCGGAUGUGAUCUCUUCGCAUUCAAUCGAAACUCUCCAAACGAGAAAUUUCUACGACACGAUUGGCAUCCAAGACGCUCUUCAAAAUUUCACAAAUCCAUGCUCCAGCGUGUUCUGCGACCUCUGGUCGUCUGCUUUUCGGCAGGGGAUUAAGCGAACAGAGGAACUGAAGAAGGUUGUGGACGCAAAUCCCUUGAAGGCGGCUGCUAGUGGUUACUGGAAAGAUGACAAGUCACAAAUUGAGAAAUCGUUCCGACAAAUCUCUCGUCUACUUGCCGGCAACGAAGCUCUGGGCAUUGACCGCCUUACCUUCAGUGCGGUGCAACCUCGCUUCGAUGCUCAUUUUGACAAUGAAGCAGAGCUUUCAGAGCCUCUUGCCCUGGUUGACUCCGCAUUGGAAAGCUUUGUUGCUGAAAUGAAAGCACGUGGAAAGUGGAACGAAGUUGUUGUCGUCAUCGGCUCCGAGUUCGGAAGGGCUCUUGUCAGCAAUGGAGAAGGAGGGUGUGACCACGGCUGGGGAGGAAACUAUAUGGUUUUGGGUGGAGCGGUGCAAGGAGGCCAGAUUCUUGGAGAUUUCAUUGACGAUUUCAACCCUGACACAAAUGAGUUGAUGAUGCGUGGUGGUCGGGUCAUCCCAACUACACCGUGGGAGGCUGUUUGGAAUGGUGUAGCAGAAUGGUUUGGUGUCCCGGCUGAUCGGAUGUUGGAUGUGUUACCUCUGAAAGACAACUUCCCAGGUCGCCUCUUUACAGGGGCUGAUAUGUUCAAACCAUCCAGUCUCACGCGCCAUCUACUCAAAGAGCAAGCAUCUGUAGAAAGGAGGGAAAAGACAUGUGAAAUUGACCCUAACUAUAUUGUUUGUGAUGAUCCUCACGUGGACACAAAGGCUGCAGAUGAUGCAUCACCUGAAGAGUCUGCUAAGGAGGGCAGUCCCACCACUGCGCCUACCCCAGCCGUCACAGAUAGCCCCACUACCUUACCAACAGUGGGACCGACACACGAUCAUACAUCGCCACCAACCAACGCACCAACUGAACAUGUCACUGAUGGACCAACCAGAAGUCCGACGUGGUCACCAUCUGUUGCUACAUCGGUAGAAACAUUGUCACCGACGGUUGUCAGUGGAGAGCCCAGUGCUUUCCCCACAACUGGGAUUCCAACCUCAUCACCAACAGAGGAACCAACAAGCAAGCCGUCCCCAUCACCUACAGUUGCUCCCACCUUGGCAACCUUGGCCCCAACCACCGGCCCGACAGAAUCUCCUGCUACCGUUAGGCCAACAAAGUCUCCAACAAAUGCACCCAACACCAAUGCACUCUCACCUUCUACUCCAGCGCCCAGGACGUCAGCAGCUGUUCCUACUACAGGACCCAAAACAGCAGCUCUCGUCAACACGCUGCCAGGAAGCUUUGGAGAUCCCCACAUUCGGGGCUGGAAUGGUGCAACUUGGGAUUUCCAUGGUAGCUGUGAUCUUGUGCUGUUGCAAGACCUGACGUUCCACAACGGACUGGGAUUGACCAUUCAUAUUCGCACACAACUUAAAACUUGGUGGAGCUUUAUCAAGUCUGCAGCCAUCCAGAUUGGUGACGAUGUGUUAGAGGUUCAAGGAGGUGGCAAUCAGAAGAAGGGCAGUCCGCACAGACUCUGGGUGAACGGAGUGGAAGACCCCAAACAAAGGACCGACUUUCGACUGUCGGAGGGACAGCAAGAAUUCUGA